AUGGCAGAGAUUAGAAGUCUUCAUCUGAAUACCCCUCUCAGAGACAGUGUGCCAUUGUCUAAAUUGUCUGGCAUCAAAGUAUAUCUAAAACUUGAUAAUGCUCAGCCAACAGGCUCUUUCAAGAUUCGUGGCAUUGGCCAUCUGUGCAAGACAUGGGCAGAACGUGGCUGUACCCAUUUUGUGUGCUCCUCAGGUGGUAAUGCUGGCCUGGCAGCUGCUUACAGUGCCCGCAUGCUGUCCAUUCCUGCCACAAUCCUUGUCCCUACCACUACUCCAGCCUUUACAAUUCAGAGGGUUAAGGAUGAAGGAGCAACAGUGUGUGUAGUGGGAGAGAUGCUGGAUGAUACAAUUGAGCAUGCUAAAGAGUUAGUGAAGAAUAACCCAGGAUGGGUGUAUAUCCCCCCGUUUGAUGAUCCUUUAAUAUGGGAAGGCCAUACCUCUCUGGUGAAAGAAAUGAAAGAAAGUCUUCGUUCAAAACCUGGAGCUAUUGCCCUGUCAGUGGGUGGUGGUGGUAUGCUCUGUGGUGUGGUCCAAGGCCUGCGGGAAGUAGGAUGGGAUGAUGUCCCUAUCAUUGCUUUGGAAACUAAAGGCGCCCAUAGCUUAAAUGCUGCUCUGGAAGCUGGGAAAUUAGUUACUUUGCCAGAAAUAACCAGUGUAGCCAAGACUCUGGGAGCUAAAACAGUUGGAGCUCAAACACUGAAAGUAGCUCAGGAACAUCCGGUUUUCUCCGAAGUCAUCUCUGAUCAGGAUGCAGUAAUGGCCAUUGAGAGAUUUUUAGAUGAUGAAAAGAUGCUUGUGGAACCUGCUUGUGGAGCUGCUCUAGCAGCAGUUUACAGCAACGUCUUUGGAAAACUGCAAAAGGAAGGAAAAUUGAGUCAAGGUCUCGCCUCUCUUGUUAUCAUAGUAUGUGGUGGAAACAAUAUCACCCUGACACAGCUAUUUCGGCUUAAGGAGCAGCUGGAUAUUGAGUCCAUUAGUGCUGCUUAGCACUGAUGCAUCAUCGA